CAAACGUUAAACUUCAGUGUAGUGAAAAGUUUGUUUACAUUCAGUGCUCUGUGUUUUUCAUAAUUUUUCAAGAUGUCUGCUGAUGUGCGUGAUAUUCUUGAGCUGGAGCGUCCUCCGACACCGGAGGUGACCAAGGAAGCCCUUCUGAAUUCGAAGAAAAAGAACAAUCCGGAAAGGGCAAAGGCAAUGAAGCGCCCUGAGGGGAUGCACAGGGAGGUCUUUGCUUUGCUCUACAAUGACAAUAAAGAUGCUCCACCUCUCCUAUCCACGGAUACGGGGAUUGGAACAGGGUAUAAGCAAGUUAAAGCGCGAUUGGGGAUGAAAAAGGUGAGAAAGUGGCACUGGGCCCCUUUCUCUAAUCCCGCCAGGUCAGACAAUGCAGUCUUCCAUCACUGGAAGCGCAUUUCAGAUGAACCAAAAGUCUAUCCCUUUGCCCAGUUCAAUAAACAGCUCAGUAUCCCAACGUAUUCAGUUAAUGAGUACAAUGCCAAUCUGAGGACGAAUCAGGCCAAAUGGUCAAAGGCUCAGACAGACCAUCUGAUGGAUCUGGCCAAGAGAUUCGAUCUGAGAUUUGUGGUGAUGGCAGAUAGGUGGGAUAAGGAGACUCAUGGCAUGAAAUCUGUAGAGGAUCUAAAAGAGAGAUAUUACGAAGUUCUUGGGAUUCUGGGCAAAAUCCGGGGAACUCCCGAGAAGAAAGUUUAUGUUUUUGAUGCGGAACACGAGAGGAAGCGUAAAGAUCAGCUGAAGAAGCUCUUUGAGCGAACAGCUAAGCAAAUUGAGGAGGAACAGAUGCUGCUCAAUGAACUGAAGAAAAUUGAGGCGAGAAAAAAGGAGCGUGAGAGGAAGACCCAGGAUCUGCAGAAACUCAUUUCUCAGGCUGAUCAGCAGGGAGAAACGCCACAGAAUCCCUCGUCCAGUCGCAAACAGGACAAAAAGCUCAACAAGAAGAAGCAACUGAGCCAAACCAGACCCUCAAAGGUGGAUUCGGUUGUGAGUGCUGUGGAGUCCGCAGGGAUUAAGUUCACAGAUCUUAGGGGUACUGGAGUGUCCCUGAGGUCACAGAAGAUGAAGUUGCCGGCAAAUGUGGGUCAGAAGAAGGCAAAAGCUCUCGAACAGGCCAUUCAGGAGUUCAAAGUUGAUCCCACUCCGCCGCCCACGGAGGAGAUCUGCCUGGCUUUCAAUGAACUCCGCUCUGACAUGGUGCUCCUCUGUGAACUCCGCACUGCUCUUGCCACGUGCAACUUCGAAUUAGAGAGCCUCAAGCAUCAGUACGAAGCUGUUUGUCCUGGAAAGACUCUCAAUAUUCCAUCAUCUCUGGUGACACCGCCUGAAGAUGUAAAGCCGGCUGAGAAUGUUAUUGACGUGGUUGGAUCGCCGCAUCCGUAGAAGAAGGAAAAAGCGACGAGGAAGAAGAAUUUAAGGGCGUGAAUGAGUUCUCUGUAUGCUUGAAUAUUUUCAUCCACCAGGUAAAUGGAAUAUAAUAAAGCAUUACAAUGAUUUUUAUUCAGA